UUCAAAAUGAUUGCAUUAAGACUUUACAUAAUUUUUUUAAAAUAUACAAAUUUUAUUGUAGCAAUUGAUUUGUUAGGUUUGCACUGUAACUUUUCGAAAUAUAUGUUUAAUUAUUUCAAGUAUGGUGAGCAAUAUUUAUUUAACUUCAAAAAUACAAUUACUGAACUUGAGCUAAGAAAUUAUGGAUUAGCAAUCAAAUCUCACGAUGAAAUAAUAAUGAUCAUGUUAGAUGCGCUGCGGCAUGUGGACGAGCAGUAUACAGCAGCAGAUUUAAUGUCAGUAAAUUUAUACUUAAAUAACGUUUCACGAUCCUUAAACAUGAUAGCUAAAAAUAAAAAUGGCGAGUUCAGUAGAUCUGAAAGCUCUCAGAAUUUACUUGAAGGCUAUAAAAUAAUUCAUCGAUCAAUUAUUGAACGAUUGGAAUACUUUAUUAGUAGCCAAUGUUCAGUUGUAUUGUUUAAAAAUAAUUUCAUAUCAUACACCUAUUUUAAGAUACCGGAUAGUUACAAUCCUAAUAACUUACUUAAUGAUUUGGAACAACUAAAAAACUACAUAUUUAUUGUUAUGAAAGAAUAUUUAAUAUGGUAUGACAUGAACUACGAUGAAAUGUUAAAAAGUUACAAUGACAUUGUAAAACAUUUAGCGUUGUCUUUUCGUAGGCAAUCAUAUAAUAAUUUUAAUCCUAAAAAUGUCUUAUUUUAUAAUUUAAUGGAAACUCGAUCUAAUUUAUGCGAGCUAGAAUUAUCAUCAGGUUCUCAAGCAAAAAAAUAUGCUAGAUAUAACAGUGACAAACAAUUAGUUGAUGUUUUAGACUUGAUUCGAUUUGCACCGUUGUUAUUAAACAGUUCUAAUAAUUACCAAAUAACAUUAUUGGAUGUGUUUCGUUUCAUCAAGUUUGAUUUUAACAUACAAAAUGUAAAAGUAUUUAAAAAAUUAUUAAAUACAGCAACUGUUCGUCCAUUUAUGAUAAUCAUUCGUAUUUAUCUUAUAUUAGUAAGGAAAAUUGUUUUACUUCCCAAGUUUAAAAAUAAUGAAUUAAAAUUAGUAAUAAAAAAUAAAAUUAUUGAAAUGGGUCAACAUAUUGUUGAAAUUAUGAAAUCCUUAAUGGGUUUGAAUUUAUUUGAAGAAGAAUUUACAAUUUACAUCUCAUGUAUUUUUAAUAAGACCUACAAACUUAUUUUAUCAUUUAAAGAUCAUAACGAUUUAUUUACAAGCAGUGAAGCGCAGUCAAUUUCAAGAAAUGUCUAUGAAUACAUGAGAAAAAAUUGUUUAUAUUGGAGUAUUGGCCAGUUUAAUUAUGAAAAUGUCACAGAAGAUAAUAUUAAUCACAUUUAUGAUUUAGCUAACGAGGAAGUAAAUAAAACUGCAUCGUUGGUUUCAGAAUUGCAAAAACAUCAACAUUGUUUUGAAACUGCAAAUAAAUAUAUUCCUACAGGAAAGUCAUAUAAGCAUAUAUAUAAAUUCAUUUUCAAGGAAAAUUUUCCAGUUGAACAAUUGGGAAAUCAUGAAGACAUAUAUAGACCACUUUAUUUUCCUAGUGUUAAUACUAGUAAUAUAGAAAAGCAUUACAGUCACAGCUCAAAUGAUGAAAAAAAUGAAAUGAAUAGUGAUGACAAUGAAGUUUAUGAUAAUGGAACUCAGACAUAUUAUACUCCUAUAUAUUUAGUUGAUUAUAUUCUUUAUGAGUAAUUUUUGAAAUUUACUUAAUAUUAAUUUAGCUUAAUGCUUAUAUACAGGUUGGAAAAAACCCUAAAAUAUUUUAUAGUAAAGGGUUGUAUAUUCAAUAAAUAUACAGAAAGAUCGAUUUAUCAUAAAAUACUUGAUUACUUUCGAAAUAAACACAAUAUUGAGGAGUUAAAUUUUCCUUCUUUUUAGUUAUGUAUAUUUCAUUAUUAAUCAGCUAAUAAUUACUUUUUAGAAUCAUUCCUUGCGUA